AUGCAAGGAACAUUGAUUAUUAGGCCUUUUAAGGCUAACUUGACUAAAGAUACUGAAAUAUUUGGAAAAAUGGUACUUUAUUAUAUUUGAACAUAAUGCUAGGAUCCCUUUGUCAUUGUUAAAAUGGGAAAUUAAAAUUAAAAUACAUCCGUCGCUAAUGAAGCUGGCAAAACUCCUGUUUGGAGUAAUGUUUUUACAUUCAGAAAAACUUAUGAAAACCUAAUUGAAUUUGAAGUGUGGGAUGUAAUUCAAUUAUAUUAUCCAGUACGAUCAAGGCUCAAAAAAUGAUCUAAUCGGCUAAGCUUCCUUUCCUAUAGCAUAAGUUGAGCAAACAAGAUAAUUUUAAGGACCAAUCCCUUUGAUGUAUAAAGGAAAAUCCGCUGGAGAAUUACACGUUAUAAUUGAAUUUCAUCCAGAUGGGCAAGGACAAGGCUUUCCAUAACAGCCCUAAUAAAUGGGCUAUCCAUAAUAACCAGGCUUUCCUCAUCAACCUGGUUAUCCACCAUAAUAAGGUCAUCCUCCUUAGCCUGGUUAUCCACCUCAAGGUCAUCCACCUUAACCAGGGUAUCCUCCUUAACCAGGUUAUCCACCUUAACCUGGUUAUCCACCAUAAUAAGGUUACCCACCUUAACCUGGUUAUCCCCAAUAACCUGGAUAUCCUCACCCACAACCCGGUUAUCCUCAAUAAUAGAUAGCCGUGGUGUAAAUUAAAUUUAAUCCAAAUUGUCAUGAGUAAUUAAAUAUUAUAAAUUUAGUUGUCACGGAACAGGAAGAAUAAUGAAAAAAGGUAAACAAAAAUUCUGUAAGGACUGUUAUAAACAUGCUGGAAUAUGUUAUAAAUGUGGUGGAACUGGCUAUAAUCAAAAGAAGGGAAAAGUUUGUAAGUGUAAGAAAUGAG